AUGAAGGUUUUCUUGCGAUUGAAACCCAACUCUUUAAAUGUAGAAAAUAGUCAAGACCAAGAAGAAGCGUACACUAUAGUCAGCUCGACGUCUCUCAUCUCAAAGAUCCCCAUUCCUGAGCUUUGGGACGAAUGUUCCAGGAAAUCAAAAAAAUUCAGCGAGCCGAGAAUCACCAAUAGAAAGUUUAGUUUCACGAAGAUCUUUGGAACCCAGAGCACCCAAACAGAGAUUUUCGAUGAAGCUAUCAAACUGCAAAUAUCGGACUUCUUACGAGGUCGAAGCUCAACGAUCAUGACCUAUGGGACCAGCGACUCGGGAAAAUCGUACACUCUUCUUGGAACUCCUACUGUACCUGGUAUGAUAUCUCUCAGUAUUGAAUUCAUUUUCUCAGCAGUAAAUUGCACCCUAUCACCUUGGUACAAGCCAGACAGCAGAAACAGGGCGAUCAGUCUAGAUGAACCCGGUCGUCUAAUAGAAAUACAAACUCGGAAUAAGUUGUUAUCUUCAAGAUUGAUCAACAGAAGUCAAUGCAACGAAGAAUAUCAAAACCUAGAAGAUUUAAUAGAGAAAGACAGAGAAGCGUGCAAUGAUGCCAUGAAUUCCGUGUGGAUAUCAUUUGCUGAAAUUUAUAACGAGAUUGUGUAUGAUCUACUAGAAGAAGACGAGGACGGGAAAAAUUUACCGCUUAAGUUGGUCACGGACAGUCAAGGUGCGGCUUUCGUGAAAGGAUUGAGAUGGAUUUGUGUGACGACUGGCAAGGAAGCAUACCAAAUCUUAAUGGCUGGGCAGACUAGGUUAAGUGUCGCAGCCACGUCUCUCAAUCCAAGGAGUUCCCGGUCGCAUUCUAUUUUCACUAUAAAGUUGAUGAAGUACUCCAAAGAAAAUGCACCUGAGGAAGUUGAAAUCAGCACUGUGACGUUCUGCGAUUUGGCUGGUUCUGGACGUACCAGGAUGGCCUCGUGCAACGACAAGCUUCUUGCCGAGACGAGGAACAUUAAUUCGGGUUUGUUGGUUCUUGGUAGGUGUCUUAAGGCUAUCUGGGAGUUCCAGACUUCGAAACAAAGCACCGAGGCAGUAGGAACAUUUAGGGAGUCAAAGCUUACAAGGUUGUUCCAAAGAGCGCUUUCUGGAAGAGAGCAACUCACCCUUAUGGUUACAGUUAAUACCAGUCCGAAAUUCUAUGUGGACACGCAAAUUGUUUUAUAUUUUUCCACUAUUGCUGGGAAGAUAAUGUUAGAUGUACCACAAAGGCCUUCCACUGGGGGAACGAGUUCUCAUAGUCAGAAAUCGGUGGGAUGCUGGGAGGAUUACACGCCACCUUUAUUGCUAUCUUCUGAAAAAGCAAUAAGUGAAGAACAACAGGACAAAGAGGACUUGGAAUUAGAAAACGAAAAAUUAAAAGCAGAAAUCUCUAGACUGAAGACUCUAGAGACAAAGAAGGAGAUUGACAUCAGGGAGGAUGUAGCAAACGUGUACAACAAAAUUAUUAAAGACCUAGAUGAGGGCUGGAAGGAGCGACUACAGGUCGUUGAAGAAGCUCAGGAAGGCUUACUGAAAUGGUCUGUAACGACGGUCGAAGAAUUCUAUAAGGAACGAAUCGAUAGCAUGGGAGGAAGGAAGCGUAGGCGAAUUGAAAGCGGCGAUUACAAUGACGAGGAUAAGGCGGUUCUUCAGGAUCUAGAAGAGGAAAACGUUAGGAUUACUUCGAAAGUGGUUAUUCUGAAGGAGGAGGUGAAGAAACUGCGGGCGCAACGGGAAAAGGUCACUAUUGAGAAAAACGAGAAAUCCUUCACGAUUGGUUUAAUGAAGGAAGAACUCGACGCGCUGAAGAAGUCUAUAAUAGAGUUCGAAGAAGCGAACCCCUUAGUGGAUGAGUCUGCGAGAUUGGUUGAUAGAUUAAGGGAGUUGAUAAAGUGCAAGGAAACAGAAGCAGCUACUCUUAGCGGGGACCUCGAGAGGGCAAAAAAUGAGUAUGUCAGAAUAAAAUCUACAAACGUAGAGCUCGAAAAAGAACUAAAUGAUGCAAGAACGGUAUUGGAUGAAUAUUCCGAAUCGAUGGACGCUAUCAAGUCACAACUCUUGGAAAGGAAUAAAUAUAUAAUGAACCUUCAGAAUCAACUGGUAAUCCUGAAACAGCAAUUAGCAGAGAUUGAAGCUGACAAGCAAGAAAUUAAGGAGAAGUAUAACAACGCCGAAGCGGAGAAUGUAAUUCUUUCCAAGAAACUUGAAGAAUGCGAGGAAACUCUUCGGCAAAAAGAGUUAACUAUAUCUCAAUUAUCUUCCAACGUUGUAGAAUGUAAGAAACCAUCAUUACAUGACACGCGACUUGUUACCGAAGACGUAAAGCUGAUUGCAAAAAAGAUAUCUUCCAUUUCGUCAUAUCACGGUUCGGCCGUAGACACGAAUGAUUCGGAAAUCGAUGAAGAAUUUAGCGAAAUGGAUUCCAAGUUUUUCUCGAAAGAGUUGCGAAGCGAUUCAAUCUUGAGGAAUUCAGAAUUCGAUCGGAUGUCCGAAGAUAUAAACUUCGAGGAUGCAAACGACAGAACGAGUUUCCUAGAAGCAAUCGAGAGGGUUUAUCGUUGCGCGUUUCGAUCAGUCGUGGAUAGUAGCAAGGACGAUUCCGGAAUAGUUAUGAAUAGCGAUACCGGAAGUAGAAAAACCAGCACAGAAAACAACAUUCCUAUGGUGGAACUCCACGAAAAAAGUGUUCAAACGAGUCAGAGUCAAACGAACACCUUCAUUCAGGGACGGGUAGAGCAGCUUCAGUUAGAUUAUACGAACCUGAAGACGCAGCACCUGCGAGAAACUCUUCGCGUAACCGAGCUUUCGGAAGAGCUGGAGAACGUGAAAUACACAAUGCAGACUUUGAAGGAGACCUCACAAGAUGGUGAACGCCGCGUGGAAGACUAUCGACACAGAUUGGCGUCAAAGGAAGAGGAAAUUGAACGAGUGGUCGAGGACAAGGUCGAUUUGGAGAAGAAGUUGAACGAAGCCUUUAGGAUGCAGGAGAUAAAACGCUUGGAAUACGAGAGAAAAAUCGAUGAGUUAAAGGGCAGGUUGAAAAUCCGCGAGCAAAGCGAGGAUCGUACAUCAAAGUGCUUAGAGGAGUACCUGGAAAGAUCAGCUACAUUGGAGAGCCAAUUGUCAGUGGUGCACAUGCAGCUGGAGAGAGCUUCUAUUAAAUGCCUUGCCGAACACGUGCCAAGGAUCGAUAAAUUGGAGAAGGACUUGUCAGGCAAAACGUUGCUGGUCAGCCAAUUGGACUCGAAAUUGUCCGAGGUUGAACGAGACCUGAUCAGGGUUUCGGAGUUGGGUGAGAAGGUAGCCGAAUUCGAGAACACUUUGGACAAGUGUCAGAGGGAGAAGGAUGACCUGAGGAGACAGCUCCACGAGAGGUCCGAGUCUCAGGCUAGUUUAGAGUGGAAGCUAAAGAGGUUGACCAAUAUUGUCAAAGAGAGGGAUACCGAUAUCACAACGGUGAAAACCGAUCUGGGGGAGAUCGUCAGAAUGAAUUUGGACAACAGCGAGAUAGCCAAAGGACUCAGCAAGGAAGUGAUGGACGCUUUCAAGAAAUUAAACGUCAUAAAGGAGGAGCAACUACGAUCAGAGGAGACUAGGAGGAAACUCGAAAGAAUGUCCAGGCAGGAAGCGAGCAAUUUGAGAGCAAGGUUAGGGGCCUUCGAAAGAAACGCAGCGCUUCUUAACUUCGUCAGAGAGAGUAACGAGAACGCUCAAGAUGAGCUGGACCGAUUGAAGAUUUUGUUGCACGAGAAGGAAAGAGAGAUGAGUCUUUUUAAGAAAAAUCGGGACACCACCAUCAGAAAGUAUGAAUCUCUUGUCAGGCAGCUUCAAAUUGACCUCGAAAGAAAUGAGCGACAGUCCGGAAAAAUAGGAAAAAUAUUUCAAAAAUGUAUCAAGGAAGAUUCUAGAGGGGAAAGUAGCAUUUCAGGAGUAUGUAAAAAAUCAGACAGCGUACCAAUAGUAAUACAAAAGAAGGAAAGUUCCUCCAAAAUUUCCGAUAGCUCGAAAUCUUCCACGUUGUCAAAACAUUCGAGUCUUCAAACGAUAGUUCCAUCUACAGAUCGGAUAGCGAUUGCAACGCGCGAGGAUCAUCUAGAAGUUGAAGAGGGAAUUGCGAAAGCUGGAUAUAUUCAGUUACACGAAUUAUUAUCACGUCAUACCACGUUUCAUUUGUUAAGGAGCGUUGAUACUGAGCAGGACGCUGAGAUGUUACUAUUGGCGAUGUGGUAA